UUUUUCUAGAGUAGCUAAAUUCCAUGGCUAUGAAUUUGCCUGGAAUUUGCAAAACCUUCAACAGAAGAAUCUUUGAAACAAUCAAAUGAUAUAAAGGGAGUAAGUCUCAAUAAUCUGUUUUAGUUUGGGGUGGUGUUGUGUUUAUAGACAUGUUUUGAAUAUACAUAGGGAAAGGGCAGUCUGCAGAAGACCUAUUGAUGAAUUCAUCACUUGACAGCCCCUGUUCUUCUGUUAGCUCUCCUUCCUCCACAACUAAUAAUGGUAGAGGGGAUUCAAAGCUAGGAAGAAUAAAGAAAAUAGGAAGAACAGGCAGCAGUUUUGCAUGCAGGAUUCGCGACCAUGUGAAGUUGGGACCUAAAUUCUCAGAAACAGUAAAAGGUAAACUAAGAUUAGGGGCAAGGAUACUGAAAGAAGGUGGAAGAGAGAAUAUUUUCAAACACAUAUUUGGAGUGGGAGAAGGAGAAGAACUGUUAAAGGCAUCACAGUGCUACUUAUCAACCACAGCUGGUCCUAUUGCAGGAUUGCUCUUUAUUUCUACACAAAAGGUUGCUUUUUGCAGCCAAAGAUCAAUUACUCUCCAAUCUUCAAAGGGAGAAUUUAUAACAACACCCUAUAAGGUUGUGAUACCGGUAAAGAAGAUUAAAAGAGCCAACCAGAGCCAAAAUGUGGAAAAGCCAGCACAGAAAUACAUAGAAAUAGUCACAGAAGAUAAUUUUGAAUUUUGGUUUAUGGGAUUUUUACGCUAUGAGAAAGCUUUCAUGAAUCUAGAGAAGGCCAUUUCCAUGGUAGACUAAUCCCAAUUAAAAGUUAAGCUUGUUCUCUAUGUUAGAGUGGAAGGACUUUCGUAUAUACAAUAGUAUUCAUGUAAGAUUACUUUCUAUUUUCUUUUCUUUUUUUCUGAUUGGUGAUGUUUGGAAUCUAGCUACCACUCCUAGAGUGGUUCCUUCUUACCUCUUAUUUGCAGUUAUUUUGUAAAGUUAAUGAGAGAUUUAUAGCACUGGAACUGCAUUAUUUUCUCAA